AUGUGGAAGCCGAAUCGCGGCGCACACGCGGCGCGCGAGCUGCAGAUGGCUCGCCUGCGCGGCAUCGCCCCUGGAUCUCAGCAGAGCGCACACGACGUCGCUGAUGCCAUCGCAGCUUUCCGCCAGCACGUCCCCGCGCAGACGCUCACGGCGCAGCUGGCGACGCUCGAGCUCGAGCUGCACAGUGCCAUCCUGUCGCACCUGGCAUCCGUCGGCUACCGCGAUGCAUCACACGCGAACGAUGCGCCUGGGCGCGCCGUAUUCCCCCCCACGAUGGACGACGACGAGCGCGUCCGGCGCAUCGUCCAUGACCUCGAGCGCCUGGCGCCCAGCACCGCGUCCGAUCCCGUGAACGCGACCGUGUGCGUCGCUUUGUGCGAGCUCGGCUACUUUGUCCUCGGCAACGACAGCAUGGUCAUCCAACUCACCGAGCGCACCGAGCUCCUCAACGCGGAUCCGUUCGGCGCCACGCCGCUCAACGAGCACCACGUCGCCGUAGCCAUCCUGGGCGCCACCGUCUACGGCAUGGCCAACGAACGCGCCGGCGAGACCGACGACGCCCUCUUUGCGUACGAGCGCGCGCACGAACUGCACGAGCGCGCACGCGCUCACACCACGCACCAGACGCCCCUCGUCGACGAAAUGGAGCGCUGGACCGAAACGGCGCUCUACCGCUACGCCCUCCUCCUCCUGCACGCCCGCUCGCCCAAGGCGCAGCACGCCCUGCAGCGCUACGAAGCGCACGCAUCGCGCUGGCCCGCCACCUUCCGGCAGCCCCAGCGCCGCGUCAUUCAGGCGUGCCUCGCCCCUGCCCCAGCGGCUGCAGCCCCUGUCGCCCCUGCCGCGCAGCCUCCCGCCACACCCGAGGCGACGCGCUCGUCCGCCUCCGUCGCGCCAGCGACGACCUCGCCGCGCCGUCCCCUGCCGCUCCCGGCCCCCAUGGCCUCGUACGCCUCGAUCCAAGCGCGCGCCGUGCGCCUGCUGCAGCAGCCCCCGGGCUUCCCACGCGCCGACGAAUCGAAUGCGCAUGUCGACACCUUGUGCGAGCAGCUCGUGUCCAGCUGGCGCGCCGAGCACGCCUCGCACGGCACGAAGGAAGCGGACGACGUCGUCCUGCUCUUGUACGGCCUCGCCGGCCUCUCGUUCCACUCGCACACCGUCACACGCCUGCUCAUCCACAUGCUCCAUGCCGCCGAGGCGUACGCGGAAGCCUACGAACUCGUGCCCAAGUACAUCGCCCUCGUGCACACCGCCUGGACCGCCCAGGGCGUGCCGCCGCACCGCGACACGCAGGGCUUACGCGCCAUCGACGGACCGAGCGAGUACGUCGAUACCGUCUUGCUCGGCGCUCACAUCGCCACGCACUACAUCCAUGCCCCGGCCCAGGCACACGAAUGGACCGAUGACCUGCUGCUCAUCGGCACCACCGACAAGAGCCCCGAGCACCGCUUCACGAUGCCGACACCCAUGCUUGCUCGCGUGCUCCGCUGCGCCGGCGAAGCCCGCCUCGCUCAGGCACGCGCCGCGACGCCAUCCGAGCGUGCGACGCUCCUCGACGACGCCCGUGUCUUUCUCCGAAACGCCGUGACCCUCGAUGACGAUGCCUCCGAGUCGCACUAUGCCCUCGCCUGCCUCCUUGCCACGCAGCGCGACACAGACACAGCGCUCCCACACGCUCGGCGCGCCAUCGAAUUGGAGCCGGCGUUCGUCGACGCAUGGCACCUCACCGUGCUCCUCCUCUCCGCCCGCAAAGACGUCGCCGGCGCACGCAGCCUCGCCGCCGAAGCGCUCACGCAGAUCGAGGCCGAUGACGAACAGCCGCCGCUUCGCACGUUCCUCGCGUCCUUCGACACGCCGCCGUCGCCUUUCGCUCGCGCAUGUGCCUACAUGCAGCUCCUCAUCACGCACAACGCCCUCGUCGAGCUCACGCACGGCGUGCAGCUCGCUCUGUACGGACAGCGCGACUUGUUCUCAGCCUACCACGCCCGCGUCGCGCCGCUCAGCACACCCCACGCACCAGCCGAGCAGGCACCGCGCUUCACCACACCCGGCCCGGAGGUCGCCGCCUCGACGCUCGAGGCACGCCGCACGUUCCGGGCUCGCGAAGCCACACGCCUCCUCCAGCGCCUGUGGCUCGUUAGCGCCGCCUCGUUCCGUCGCGCCGACAAUCUCGAGCAGGCCCGCUGUGCGAUCGCCGAGGCCGAGCAGCUCGACGCACGCUGCGCUGACGUGUGGGUCCAGCUCGCACAGUGGUGCCUCGCGGCCGGUCAACGCACGGGCGCCGCCAUCACCUGCCUGCACAAGGCCCUCGCUUGCGACACGUACCACACAGCCGCCCGCGUCCAUCUCGCUCGUGUCCUCCUGCACGAGCCGGAGCACGAGGCCGACGCCAGCAUCCGCUCACCGCGCGAGGCUGAGGAUCAUGCACGCUCCACGCCCAGCCGCUCCCUCGGCAGCACAGCGCACUCGCUGCAGGACGUCGAGCCCUCCUUCCGCACGCCCGACGCAUCGUCCACAUCCUCGACCAGCACGGCCGAGGCCCUCCUGCGCACCGUCACGCAGUCCCACGGCUACGAUGUCCCCGAGGCAUGGCACGCACUGGCGCAGCUCGCCAAGCAAACAUCGCGCCCUACCGACACCCAGCGCCGCGCUCUCCUCGAAGCUUUGCGCCUCGAAGCAUCUCGCCCCAUCCGGGCCUGGCACGAGGCGUUGGCCCUGCGUAUGUAG